AUGAGGCGCUCAAGGGAGCGCGGAAGGUCGCCGACGCGCUCGCCAUGGAGGGCAGCGUAUCGUGCGGAUCUGGUGACGCCAACGGGCGUGCAAGGAGAAGGAAGCAGGGAGGAUCUGCGCGUAAGAUCGGAGCCUUGGAGGCAACCCGCAUCGAGCAAUCCGUGGAACCUGGCGGAAGGCCGGCACGGAGUGGACGAAGGGCAUCGCGACGGCGACGUGGAGAUGGAAUCAGAGGGCAAGCUCGAUGAUGAAGAAGAAAGGGAAGAGCCCCCGCUUGCUUGUGGUCGCGGAAGGCAAAGUGUCGCUGGCGAUGAAGAAUUCCCCACUGCGCGGGGUGGCGGAAGGCGCGGCCACGCUGGCGACGAAGAUUCCCCCACUGCGCGGGGCAGCGGAAGGCAUGGCGUCACCGACGACGAGGGAUCCCCCACUGCGCGGGGCGGCGGAAGGCGCAGCAACGCCGGCGACGAAGAUUCCCCCAUUGCGCAGGGCGGUGGAAGGCGCGGCAACGCCGGCGACGAAGAUUCCCCCACUACGCGGGGCGGUGGAAGGCGCGGCGUAAUCGACGACAAGGGAUCCCCCAUUGCGUGGGGCGGCGGAAGGCGCGGCAACGCCGGCAACGAAGAUUCCCCCCCACUGCGCGGGGCGGCGGAAGGCGUGGCGUCACCGACGACGAGGGAUUCCCCACUGCGCGGGGCGGCGGAAGGCGCGGCAACGCCGGCGACGAAGAGUCGCCCACUGCGCGGGAAGAAGGGAAGCAGGGGAUCAAUGAGAGGGAUGAGGAAGAGCGGAUCCGCCGUGGAAAAGCACGAGAGGAAGGCAAAGAAAACAGGGAAGGAGAGCUCUCACCUGCCGAACCGCGCGGAAGAGAACAGCGAGAAGGCGGCAGAGGAGUGGAGCGGCAAUCGAAGGCGCGCCAAGGAGGCGGGACAAGUGAGGGGGCACCGGUGGGUGUCUUCCAGUCACCUGAACCAAGGCCAGGAGGACGCCACGAGUGGGAGGAAAGGCGUGGCGAAGGAGGACGCUACAAGGAGAAGGGAAUGUGUUCACCGAAUGAUUCAACAGCAGGAGAAGGAGACCGGCAGCAAGGAGAGCGAGAGCAGCAUCGCCAGGAGCGGUCUCCUCCGCGGAGAGAGCGGCAAUGGGGUGAUCAAGGAAGGCACAAGGGAGAUCACGAAGAGCGGAGGAGGAGUCCGAGCCCGAGGAAAAUAA